GGAACCCGGAAGCGGCGGCAAGGCGCGACCAGGCGGGCGGGCUCUGGGCGCGGGAAUCCCGGCGGAUCCCGGGAGGGCGGAUGGCCCCCAGUCCGACCCUCGGCGCCGCCUCCUCCUCCCUCCUUCCUCCUCCCGCAGCCAGCGCGCCGGUGUCCUUUCUAGGAAGGGGCGUGGAGGGGCGUCUAGAGAGGGCCCCGCGGAUGCCCACGUGACGGGCAGUCCCCCUGGGGCUGUCCGGGCCUGUGGGGAACAUGGGCGUGCUUAGGGUCGGACUGUGCCCAGGCCUCACCCAGGAGAUGAUCCAGCUUCUCAGGAGCCGUGGGAUCAAGACAGUGGUGGACCUGGUUUCUGCAGACCUGGAGGAGGUAGCUCAGAAAUGCGGCUUGUCUUACAAGGCCCUGGUUGCCCUGAGGCGGGUGCUGCUGGCUCAGUUCUCAGCUUUCCCCUUGAAUGGUGCUGAUCUCUAUGAGGAACUGAAGACCUCCACUGCCAUCCUGUCCACCGGCAUUGGCAGCCUGGACAAACUGCUUGAUGCUGGUCUCUAUACUGGAGAAGUUACUGAAAUUGUAGGAGGCCCAGGUAGCGGCAAAACUCAGGUAUGUCUUUGUGUGGCAGCAAAUGUGGCCCACAGCCUGCAGCAAAACGUCCUAUACGUAGAUUCCAGUGGUGGGCUGACAGCUUCCCGCCUCCUCCAGCUGCUUCAGGCUAAAACCCAGGAUGAGGAGGAACAGGCAGAAGCUCUCCAGAGGAUCCAGGUGGUGUAUGCAUUUGACAUCUUCCAGAUGCUGGAUGUGCUGCAGGAGCUCCGAGGCACUGUGGUUCAGCAGGUGACUGGUUCUUCGGGGACUGUGAAGGUGGUGGUCGUGGACUCAGUCACUGCGGUGGUCUCCCCACUUCUGGGAGGUCAGCAGAGGGAAGGCUUGGCCUUGAUGAUGCAGCUGGCCCGAGAGCUGAAGACCCUGGCCCGGGACCUUGGCAUGGCAGUGGUGGUGACCAACCACAUAACUCGAGACAGGGACAGCGGCAGGCUCAAACCUGCCCUGGGACGCUCCUGGAGCUUUGUGCCCAGCACUCGGAUUCUCCUGGACACCAUCGAUGGAGCAGGAGCAUCAGGCGGCCGGCGCAUGGCAUGUCUGACCAAAUCUCCCCGACAGCCCACAGGUUUCCAGGAGAUGGUAGACAUUGGGACCUGGGGGACCUCAGAGCAGAGCACCACGUUACAGGUCGAUCAGACGUGACCUGUGUAGUAUUUGGAAAACCUCCUAACUUUCCUUCCCAGUAAUGCCUGCUGUUUACUGCCACCUGGUACUGAUGACUAUAGAAGUUCUCAGGCUGGCCAGAAGAGACAUCUUGGUUUCCUCAUCCUCACUCUCUGUAAGCAUAUAAAACACAGGCGAGAGAGGAUGCUGCACUUCGAGGACCCAGAAAUUCAUGCUGGUACCACAUUUCCUUCCCUCAUUUCGAAUGUGUAUGUUUCCAGUGGAAACCAAGUUCACCCUGGCUGGGAGCAUCUCUGAAGAGGUAUGCUGGCCACUGGAUAAAUAACCUGUCUAUCACCAUGUGUCCUGUGCUCCAUCCUAGCACAGUGGCCAAGCUGGGAAAGCCUCUAACUUGC